GGUGGCAACUUCGUUGCACGUGGGCUUGUUUACAAAAAUGGCUCGCAAAACAUGGAGCUCGCUGGACAAACCGCCGCUUUCCGAGCCCGUGCUCGAAGUCUUGCAGAGCUUCGGCUUCCAGUUGAUGACUCCUGUACAAACAGCAGCAAUUCCCCUGCUGCUCGCACGUAAGGAUGUCUCCGCCGAGGCUGUGACUGGCAGUGGCAAAACGUUGGCGUUUCUCGUGCCAUUGUUGGAGAUAUUGCAGCGAAGACACAAGGAGACGCCCUGGGGUGCAAAGGAGAUUGGUGCACUCAUCAUUUCACCCACACGAGAGUUGGCACGCCAAAUCUCAGAGGUGUUGGGAAAAUUUCUAGAGCACGAGGAACUGGAGCACUUGAAUCAGCAGCUGAUUGUGGGAGGCAACAGCAUUGAGGAAGACAUUGCCACAUUGAGACAGCAGACGCCCUGCAUUCUGGUCUGCACGCCGGGCCGACUGGAGGAUCUGUUUCAACGCAAAGGCGAUGAUUUGAACUUGGCGUCCAGAGUCAAAAGUCUGGAGUUCCUCGUGCUGGACGAGGCUGAUCGUCUGCUGGACCUGGGCUUCAAGACCAGCGUCAAUAACAUAUUGGGCUACCUGCCACGGCAGCGUCGCACAGGUCUCUUCUCGGCCACACAGACAACAGAAGUCACGGAUUUGAUACGUGCCGGCCUGCGUAAUCCUGUCCUGGUUUCGGUCAAGGAAAAGGCUUCUGUCAACACGCCAGCACGUCUCCAAAACUUUUACAAAAUCGUGGAAGCAGAGCAAAAGUUUCUAGCUCUUCUGCAGUUUCUUCGUUCGCCCACAUCCAACUCCGGCAAGGUCAUGGUCUUCUUUCCCACCUGUGCGUGCGUUGAGUACUGGGCGGAGGUGCUGCCUCCCUUGUUGCCCGAGCGCUGUGUCCUUGGCAUUCACGGCAAGAUGAAGAGCAAGCGGGCCAGCGUCGUGGAACGUUUCCGUACCGAGGCACAGUCUGUGUUAUUGUGUACGGAUGUAUUGGCACGUGGACUGGAUGUGCCUGAGAUCGACUGGGUGGUGCAGUGGGAUCCGCCAUCGAAUGCUUCUAGUUUUGUGCAUCGCGUUGGACGUACCGCUCGACAGGGCAAUGAUGGAAAUGCUCUGGUAUUCCUGUUGCCAAGUGAGGAUGCUUAUGUCAAGUUCCUGAAGCUGAACCAAAAGGUUGAAUUAAACGAACUGCAGGAAGAGAUUGGUGAAUCAUCAGACACGACGUUGCAGUCCACGGUGGAGCAACUGCAUCUCCUUCAAGCCGCCGACAAGGGUGUCUACGACAAGGGAAUGCGAGCAUUUGUCUCCCAUGUGCGUGCCUACACCAAGCACGAGUGCAGCGCCAUUCUACGCCUCAAGGAUCUGGAUCUGGGCAAGAUGGCCACCGCCUACGGACUGUUGCAGCUGCCACGCAUGCCGGAGCUGAAGAACUACCAAGGUGAUGGCUUCAUUUCGCCCAGUUUCGAAGUCGAUCUCACCAAGAUGACCUACAAGAAUGCACAGAAGGAACAAGUUCGCAAGCAAAAGCUGCAAACAUAUGAACAGACAGGUGCCUGGCCAGGACGACAGAAGCAGCACAUGAAGCGCACCGAGUCAUGGGAUCACACAAAGAAGGCCAAAUUAGAUGCCAAGUCAAAGAAGGAGCUGCGCAAGGCCAAAAAGGAGCGCAAGCGGAAGGCGGAGGCGGGAGAGGGCGCUCAGCGGAAGCGGAAACAGCAAUUCACACAGGAGGAUCUGGAUGAACUGGCCAGCGAUAUUCGAACCUUUAAACGGCUUAAAAAGAAAAAGAUCACCGAGGAGGACUACGACAAGGCUAUGGGUAUUAAUGGCGAUGAUGACUGAAAAAUGAUUCUGUAUUUAAUGUUGUACAUAAUAAAAUGGACACAGUGUAAAAAGAUA